AUGGACUUUAACGAUGUCGAUGACAACCAAAGGUCAACAGCGCCAGACUAUCAUGCAGCACGGCAACAGAGCGUAGGGUCUAAGUUGCAACAUGAGCUAGAAGCUUUGUUGGAUUUGGAUUUAAGCAAUCAGCGGUCCUCACAAAGUGCUCCUCCCGACCCAAACCAAACCCAGCAUCACAAUCACAAUCACAAUCAAAAUCAAAAUCAGACUCAAAAUCAAAAUCAGAACCAGACACAAACUACAAAUUCAAAUCAAAGCGAAAACCUUACAUCUCAAAACCCAGCUGCUUUACCAGCAAGCAUACCUGACUCCAUAUCUUUAACUCCAGGUCAUGAUGAAUUGUCAUCACAAAAAACGAAUGGGUUGAAUUCAAACACAAACUUAGUCGCACCUGCUGCUGGGAAAUUUGUCAACCAAGGUGGAAUUUCAUCAUCCUUACUCAACUCUUCGUUGGCUGGUUUCAAUUCUCAAAGAGAUGGCGGCUAUAAUACAUUAUCGUCUCCAAUGCCGUCACAAAUUAUUGGUCUUAGCGGUAAUGGUAGUGUAGUAUCUGCUGGUCAACCUCAAGUGGGUAGUUUAUUACAACAUUCAACUUCCAACCCCGAGAGACCACGAUCAGCCACUGAUUAUACUAGUAUUUUCAACAAACCAGGUAAAGCUUUCACCAAUUUUAGCACACUGAACUUGCUUUCAGAAUCAAAUGCCCAGCCGAGCUUGUCAUCCCCACAGGUACCAGCCUCUCAAGUUGCUGCUCCUCCAGUCCCUUCAGUCCCUUCAGUACCCUCAGUGACAACAUCACAAUCAAAUUUUUAUCUGGAUUUACUAGUUUUUAGCAACUGGAUUGAAAACUUAAACCCACAUGACACUGUAGCAAUGAUUGAUUAUUUAUGUGCUAGUCUAUCGAUUGACAUCCUACUCACUUUUCAAUCUAAAUUUAAUUCUUUUUUGGAUAAUCCAUCAGCCCACCAAUUUUCUGGUCAACAUGGUCAAGCGUUUUCGGCUUCCCCAUUCAACAACAGUUAUGGUCAAGAUUUCACCACUGGUAUGGAGAAUCUAACCAUUAGUCAUGACCACGGAAAACAAAAGUUUAAGCAGCUGAUGAACACAUUCAAUAGUAAUGCCAAUGCAUUCCAAUCACCAUUAUCUCCACCAACACAUCAACAAGCACCACAUACUCAAUCUCUGCUACAUGGUGCUAACCAUUUUUUGAACAUUGAACGAGGUAUCGUGCGUCCUAAAUCUGCCGACCCCUUUUUACAAAACCAGAAACAACAGCAGCAGCAGCAACAGCAACAACAGCAACAACUGUUUGAUAGAGCAAAAUCUCCUGCGUCACAUCUCCAUGAAAAAACAAAUUUUUUGCAAUUGGCCGCAGCGUCCAAACAUAACGCUGGCUACUCUUCGAAUUUUCAUAAUCCAUAUGGCGGUGUAGGUUAUCAACAAUUCUAUCCCACCUCAUCAUCUGCUUCAACCUCUGCUUCUGCACCAGGUGUAAGCCUUGGACCUGGCCCCUCAGCGUCAAAUGUGCAAGCCGGUCAACAGCUGAGUAUUAAUGGUCCUCAUCAGGAUGAAACCACUGAUAUGUCACACGCUGCUCUUAAGCUUGGUGCAUUGGCCACUAUAAAUUCAAGAGUUGCAUUAGAUAGCCAUAAAAAGUACCCAUAUUGGAACAAUCACACUCACAACCACAACAACCACAACAACCACAACAACCACAAUCAACAUCAACGUCACCAAAACCAGAUGCAGAACCAACAUCUGCAACUGCAAAUUCUGCCACCACAUCUGGAGCAGUUUACAAACUCGUUGAAUAGCUCUAAUGCAGCAAGUUAUGAGGACUCCUUGAAAAGAUCUGCAAACUCGCAGUCAGUCCCUACUGUUGGUGGAAAUCACACUGUUGGCAAUAGUGGUAUCAAUCAGAGAUCCAAUUUCAAUAAUCCCUCGACCGGAUUCAAGAAACGUGGAUCUUCGCCAAUCUCUUCUGUUCAAAUGCAACACCAGAACUUGUCGUCUUCUUCUGUUAACAGUCAGUCUGGUACCAGUUCAUUCACGUCUUUACCCUUGGAAGUUACUAGUUUGGAAUUAUUGAAUAACAUCCCAGCGUGGUUAAAACUACUUCGAUUACACAAGUAUACUGAUUCUUUAAAGGAUACGCAUUGGAAGGAUUUGAUUGAACUUGAUGAUGAAGCAUUGGAGAAGAAGGGUGUUGCAGCAUUAGGUGCUAGAAGAAAGCUAAUUAAAGCGUUCGAUAUGGUCAAACAAACGCACUUAUGA